GUUAAUGCACUUUCCAGCUGACUUUGACGUGACAGCGGUGCCGACAAAUUUUAUUUUUGUAAACAACAAUGAUGAGUUUUUCUCGCUUAGCUAACGUACUUUUUAUUAAGUUUCCUCGGAUUUGUGCAGUCACAACCAGCAGUAACAGUUACAAGUAUCAGCCGGCUUCAAAGUUUCUUCCCAGACUUUUGAUAUCACAUUGUCCCGUGCGACUAGUUGCAAAGGGUCGAUUGGCGUCCACUAUGGCCGAGACGUCGUCAGAUCUGACUGUUGAUCAUGAUGUGGAAAACAAGAUGUUCGUUAUCAACUUAGCUGGUGAACCAGAGAAGGCUGUGCUGGUGUAUAAAGUCAUUGGUCCUGAUGCCGUCAAUCUCUACCAUACAGGUGUUCCAGUCUCACAGAGAGGGAAGGGCAUUGCUAAAGUCCUAGCUAAGGCUGCAUUGGAUCACUUUGCGUCCCACGGCACCAACAUGAAGCUGACGUGCACCUACCUACAGAAGUACUUCCGUGAGAACCCCUUACCCCAAUACAAAUCCAGAGUCUUGGAUCUUUGAUGGGGAGGUUGGGCCAGACACCCAAAUGUCACGACUUUGCUGCCAAAUCUCAAUGCUUCGCAAGACAAGGUUGGAUUUGAGUGGAAUAGAGCUUUUAAUCAUCAUGCUAAAUAUUCACGAUUAUGGUAAUGUUGACCUUGCAUAUAUAAUCAGUAGGCCAAACAUUGAUUCAUACAUAUAUUUUUUUUUUCAGUUUAACCCAUUUGCUCCAUGGAGCUUGUCAAAUGGGUUAAAACAAAUUCUGGUCUUUUAUCCAUUUGGAUCACUAAGUUGCUUCUUGAUUUUUCCAAGAUUUGAAAGUACAAGCCUCUUGCACAGUUUUUUUAGCCAUAUCAACAGAAUUGCAAAGCAUGAAGUAUUAAAUCUAAGAUCAGAAGCACAUGUUUGAAAUUUAUAAAACUUUUUUUUUAAUUGGAAAUAAAAGUUGCUCUUGGUAAGGUUUAAUAAUAAGCUAGUUCGGUAUUCAUACUGCACAUCAACAUUUGACAAUUUUUUUCUUUGGGGAUAAACAUUGCAUCAUAUGCAUGGAAAAGCAUAGCGGGGUACCAGCAAAGUUGAAGAGUUUGUCAUGUUCUGAAGUAACAUUUUCCAAAAAAAAAGAGUUUGGACAGCAAAGUGUUUUUAGGUGUCUUGUGUGUCCAAACUUGUGUGCUAACAAAACUUUCCAUCUCUUUUCGAUUGCACGAAAAACAGCACAGAAUGCAGAUUCAGUUACCACGUCCCCCAUAGCCUUGUGUGCAUUUAUCUGCCGCGUUUAUCGCGAAAAAAAUCGCCGCAUGUUUGUUGUGCAUCAGACUAUUUUGGAAUACCGAACAGGCUUAUUGAAGAAGUCCAAACAAAUUUCAUGAAGAUUUUAAACUAAAAAUAUAUUUUGAAUUAAUGUUUCAAAAAUGAUGUAUAGAAUGUAAUAUAAAAAAAAUUGUAUUCAUAUUCGCAAAUGUUUUGUGCUUCAUAAUGAGGUUUUUUUUAAGAAAUUAAAGAAAAUUGAAUGAAAGAAAGACAGGACAAUUGUGUUCUCAAUUGAAAUGCAUGCAGGAACAAGUGUCUUUAUUAAACGUCAGUGCACCGUGUGCUACAAUCAAUUAAUGUGAACAAGUCCAGAAAAAAAUAAUAAUAAAUACGGUGGAUUUGACACAAACUUAUUUUGUCAAAAUAUUGCACACAUCAAUCACAUAAUUAAGUGUCAAUCGUGAACAAGGCGGGCUGUGUAUGGUAAUGCACAAAAACAUUAAUUACAACAUCUUUUAAAGUUUUUUUUCCCCUCAACUGGGAUAUUUGAAAUGAGAAACGUGUACCGCCUCCUUCGGUACAAUUAGUACAGUUUAAAACAAAAAACACACAAAAAUGAAAAAAAAAACAAGAAUAUAUUGAAAAAUCAAACUACAGAUUAAAGAAGUUUACACAGUACAAGGUAUAAAUUUAUGCAUUAAAUGUAAGCAUAAGUAACUGUCAAAUUUCUUUUAUACUUGGAAGCCCAAACAAUUUGUGAAUUCUAGAAAAACUACUCCAAAAGUCAACAAUAAUUGUUCUUGUUUAUCAACUUGCAAAAUUAUGUCCUGCUUAUAAACAAGAACAUGCUGCAACUUUCUCACUGAUCAACAUGGUCCAGGGAAAUUUAAUGCGAAAGAAAGAUGAUUAAUUUUCAACCGAUUUCAAAUCACUAUCGUGGUUGAUGAGACUGAAUUACUUCAAUUUUUUUUUGUUCAUCUUUCAAACAUCAAGCACACCAAAAGAACGCGCUUCGUGAAAUUUAUGCAUAGGUUUAACGGCUACAUUUUUAAUACACGAGAAGAAAUGCUAUCCCAGAGUUGUAAUUUUAAAAAAGUAUAUAUUUGUAAAUAUGAAAAAAUACCAGGAUUCCAACUUUUUUUUAAGCAAACAAAAGGGAUAAAAUACUGUCACCAAUAAGCAAAUAAUGACGUGCACCUGUUGUCAUGGCAACUGUAUUUCAGAACAUCUACAAGAAACGUGUACAUUAUAUGCAAAUUAGACACUUAUUUAGUUUCCGACUUUAAUUUUUUUUUUUUUUUUUUUACAGUUCGAUGCGAACAAAAAGAAAGGAUGCACUGACGUGUUAUCAAAAAAAACAAAUUGAUACACUCAACUUUACGAGCUAAUAGUUUUAACAUUAAACUGUGCAAUAAAUGGCAAAAUUCCGUCGUCGGGGAUCGCUUCUAGUCGCAAGGGGAAAACACUUUGAGCAAAUAGCAACCUUAACUCCUGAUAAGCAGCUUUCUGGUUUUUCUCUCAGUUCCACAAUUUUCGUACUUUAAAUCUCAACACUUCAAAAUCUUAACUCUUUUUUUAAUAGCAAUCAAAGCUGAUACAUUUAAAGGCACUUUAAACAAUGGUUAUUUUAACAGCCACCAAAAACGCAUGCAAAUUUC